AUGCUGCACGAGAAGUUUGGCAAGCACAGUAUUGCCUAUUACCAUCAAGAAAUUAUGCAGCAGUCACAUCUCAUCACUCACAAGCGAAGUGUUAAUCGCUGGAAUGCUUUUCUUUCGGGUAAACUCAAGGAACACAAUGAGGAACAUGAGAAACAAGGUUUAAGCAAAGAGAAAGUCUGCUCUAUUGUGGCAGAGGUCUCCACUCACCUUGGCGACCAGCAUGAAGUCAAAGAGUUAGCGCUUCACAAUGUGCCUUUGAAUGCCUUCCAAGAUGGCAGGAAGACUCUGGACUCAAACGAUCAUGAGCUAUUGGCGUUGAACGCCCACACAGGAAUGGAGAUCUUACUGUUCGCAGUUUGCUCGGAUGUUGAGCAUUUCAAUCAACUUCAUAUCUUUCAAACAUUGCGUGCUUCUGCCUUCUUUGACGCUUGUCUUGGGACUUCCAUGGGCAAUAUAGCCCUUCAUCUUGAGGGUUUCACCAUUGCUGGUGUACAGGGUAUGGCAAAAACUCACGUAGAGGAGGUCCUUGAAUGGAAGAAGAAGACUGAGGAGACGGCUGCUCCCACCAAGGUCUCAAGGAUGUACUAUGUGAACUUUGACGACAAUAUCACAUUGAAGCACCGCAUCAUCUUGAAGAAUUGGCCGCUCUCAAAGUUCUGCUGUCCCGGUGACAUCAGCUCCCUCAAUGAACUCACAGUUUUAUUCCAUGCCUUUGACUCAGGCGCUACCUCCUUUCAGAAACUCAGGGAUGCUGAGUAUGAUCAGUGGUCAGACCAGCGUUUCCAAGCUGCCUUAGCGAUGCAAAACACAAGUGCAACUAACGAAGACAUGCCUGAUGUCGACAGAGAAGAUGAGAGUGAGGGACAGGGAGGGACAGGGAACAAGUGUGUGGUGUCGUCUGAGACGCCGAACAACAACAUUGUAGAAGGAGCUCCCCAACGCGGGAGGAAGCAGAAGGAUACCGAGUUCAUCAACAUGGUCACCACUAGCUCAGGCGCUGCACUUCCAGUGCAGAAGAAGCCACGCGCUCCCAGGAAGGACAAGGGUGUUCACCGUGGCCCAAGGAAGAAGAAGACUGCCCAAGUUACUGCUGCUCCAUCACUGACAUCUUCUUCAUCGAGCAUCAUGUCCCCCACCACAACUUAG